UUAGUCCAUUAAAAGCAUGGAUGGUCAACAAAGGGGCUAUCUAUUCCUAGUCAAGCCAUUCCAAGUCUUUGACUCUGUGAUUUUUGAUCAAUGGAGAGUGUUCAUUAUUGCAUUCGCGAGGAAGAAGAAGAAGAAGAGGACGACGGCGAAAACGCAUACAUUGAGAUAAAUCUGGGCCCGCGAAGUCGGACGGAGAAAGAUGAAGAAGAGAAAAAGAAAGAGGACGGGGUUGAAUUUCGGGUGUCGUAUUUGGAGGGAGGGGGCAUCGUCCCCUUCCUCUCCUUUUCUUCCCCUCCCUCUUCGGCGGCCCGUAAGCCUGCUGUGCCUGACAAACGGAGAGGAGGCUGUCGCUUGCCGCCGGGGAACCCAAGAGGCAAAAGUGGUGACCAAUGCCACGACUAUGCGCUACCUGAAACUCACUCCAAACAACUGCUUCUCAGCUCCAGCAGGAAAGGAGGGUCGUGGUCAAGUGGGAGAGCGGAGGAGGAGAGGGGCGGAACGGAGCGCAGAAUAAUGAACGUCAUGUUCAAAUUCCGGUGCUUCGUUAUGAGUUUCCCGUGGAAGGCCGCCUGGAGAAUCCGAAGCCACCAGCCGCCAAAAUCCGCCGCCACAGCAUCCUCAUCUCCCUCCACCUCCGCCCGCUUUACCCCACCAGCCGUCAAGUCUCCUCCUCGUCACCCACCCACAAGUAAUUUCCAGGCGGCGGCCGAGAAACCCCGAUCGUCGGUGCUACUGUUGGGGAUGAAGCUCAGGGAGCUGGUCGCGUCGUCGCCGUCGCCGUCUGAUCACGGCAGAGGCGGCGGCAAGCCUUCCAAAAGCUGCCCUGCUUCCGUGAAGUCGACGCCUCUGCAUCGCCACCAGUGGGCGGCUACUUCCUUCGCCGGAACGGUGGUGUACACCAGGGACAACUCUGUUCAGGCCGCCAUUGCUCACUGUAACAAAUCUUCCGGCCGCUCCAAGGAUUUCUCAUUUUGAUUUCACUUUUAAGAAAUUAAAACAUUAUUUGUGUUAUUUGUAGUUGUAUUCUCUUCUCUUCUUGGCGGUGGUCUAGACGAUUGAGCACCACUGGUUCUAAAUUUGCUUCCACUAAACUUCUUACCAUUUG